CCGAUCAGCUCCGCCGGGGAGCAGGGGGGAGUCAGCGGCGGCAACAGCUCAGGCCAGGUGGCCCAAGUACUCAGCCACAGGAACCGAUUCAGGUAUGCUGAGAGAGAGAGAGAGAGAGAGAGAGAGAGCGCGAGGGAACAAGAGGUGAAUGACCACAGGAUGUCUUGGCGUGUGUAUAACAUGCCUGCUGUACAUGACAUGACAGAGAGAGGACCGACACGGAGAGAGAAUGAAUGGUACUUAGCCUAUAGAGUGAUUGUUUACAGUACAUGAGUGGUAGAGAUGGAUUGAAAGAGCGUGAGAGGGAUGAAUAGAGCGAGCAUAAAGGGGAUUAUUCAUGUAAUUUUCUGCCGUGGGAUUGAUGCUGUAGCAGUGGUGUGGUUUCUGAGUGGGUGGUUGUGUUGAGCUGUGCCCUGGCUGCUUCAUGAGCAGGGGGACAAGUGUGAGCCAAGGGGUACAGUCGGUCUGUGCUCCCAAAGCCCCCUCUCGCUCCUUUUCUCUCUUUCUCAAUCUUUUUUUUUUCUUUCUCUGUCCCAGGCAGCACAAAGCCUCUGUUUGGCCUAAUUGCAGCGUAAUGUCCUUAAGCUCCGACCAGGCGGGCCAGUCAAAGGGGGAACAAAGCAUCUGGGCCAGCCCUAUGCAGCCAGCUAGCCAGCCUUACCCAGCCAGUCCUGAAAGAAGUGAUGGAGUUUUCGAGAGCUGCGUGAAGGCUAAGACUCUGCUAGUGUGGAUAGAGAGAGCCAGUAGAGGCAGGAUAGAGAGAAUGCUAUGCAGUCAGUGAUUGGCUAAUAUGUGCCUGCAUUGAGGAAGAGAGGGGGGUGCUGCUGGAGCGUGCGUUUUGUGUGGUGGAGAGAGAGCUAGAGAUGGGGAUAGCUGGGAAAUAUAAUAAAAAAGGAUAGAAGAAGUGUUAAUAUGUUGCGUUUGUUACUUUUGUUGCAUUUAUCCGGGUGGCUGGGAUGUUUAAGCUAUACUUUACGAUGGCUGAAACCAAGGCAUAUGACAGGUUAUGGUUGCAGUUCCCUCAGUUGGCCUUGCGGCGUCGUCUUGGCCAGUUGAGCUGUAUGUCCCGGCCCGCCUUGCGGCUGCGCUCAUGGCCGCUCAGCUUCCUCUACUACUUCCUGACCUUUCGUGCACUCAAGCCCCUGGCCAAGGUUGGCUGGAGACCAACAAGCAGGGUUGCUCUGUACAAGACCAUCCCAACACGGCUGCUGUCUCGGGCCUGGGGUCGGCUGAACCAGGUGGAGCUGCCGACCUGGCUGAGGAAGCCAGUCUACAGUCUGUAUAUCUGGACGUUUGGUGUCAACAUGCAGGAGGCUGCUGUGGAAGACCUAAUUCAAUACAGGAACCUGGGAGAGUUCUUUAGACGGAAACUCAAACCGGCUGUCCGGCCCGUGUGCGACUCGCACUGCGUGAUCAGCCCAGCAGAUGGGAAGAUCCUGCACUUUGGGCGGGUGCGGAACUGUGAGGUGGAGCAAGUCAAAGGAGUCACCUACUCUCUGGAGACCUUCUUGGGACCCCACACUUGGGCUGAGGCCAUCAACAGUACCAUCAAGCCAUCAAAUGAAAAGGACCCCAGCUCGUUUCAGGACCUGCUGGUGACUAAAGAGGGGAAUGAGCUGUUUCACUGUGUGGUGUACCUGGCUCCAGGAGACUACCACUGCUUCCACUCCCCCACAGACUGGAGGGUGGCCCACAGAAGACACUUCCCUGGCUCUCUGAUGUCAGUGAACCCUGGCGUGGCCCGCUGGAUCAAAGAACUGUUCUGCCAUAACGAGAGGGUGGUGCUGAGCGGAGAGUGGACGCACGGCUUCUUCUCCCUCACAGCCGUAGGGGCCACCAACGUGGGCUCCAUACGCAUCUACUUUGACAAGGAGCUGCGCACUAACAGCCCACGCUACAGCAAAGGCUCGUACAACGACUUCAGCUACUUGUCCAACAACAACCAGGAGGGCGUGAGCAUGAGGAAAGGGGAGCACCUGGGAGAGUUCAACCUGGGCUCCACCAUCGUCCUGCUCUUCGAGGCUCCGCACGACUUCACCUUCAACCUGAAGGCCGGCCAGAAGAUCCGCUACGGAGAACCCCUUGGGACUAUGUGAGCCAAGAUGGCCAACCAUAGACACUUUCAGGGGGAAACAGACUAAACUAAAAUAAACUGAUGGACAUGCUAACGUGUGUACAGAUCUGAGCGGAGGUGCACAGGCUGACUUACACACACACACACACACACACACACACACACACACACACAACUCACGCAUUGUACUGUACAUCGAAAUUGAGACGUACGGCUAGUAUACGACACACUGAUGGACUUACAGCAAAAACUCACAAGUCACCACUGUUGCAUUACUACUAAGGGGGUCUCCCCAUUUCAUUGACUAGAGUUUCUAUUAACAAUUUACUUAAUUUGUCAGUUGGACAGUUGAUUACAACUAGUGUACAUACCUAGACCAGCAAAAGCAAGAUAGUUUACGCAAUUAGUUACAUUUACGUUCCAUAAGAAUAAUGACAGCUUUUAAUCUUUUUUUUUUUUUUGGGGGGGGGGUAAUUUCUACCUAUAUUGCCUUUUGUCAAGGGUAUCCUCUUCAACUAGGAGUUCCUCCUGAGGUUUCAGACAUAAGCAGCAAGACACUAGCCUGAUUACAGAUCUGGCUAGUGCUGUGUAGCCCAACUCAUAUGGCCAUUGGCUAUACAUCACAAACAGAUCUGGGACCAGUCUAGCGAGACACAUCCACACAUACAGGUAACCCCUGUCACACACAGCCUCUAUCAUGUGGACAGACUUCCCUAUACUAUGUACAGUAUACACACACCUACAGUACACACACCACGAAGAAGGAAUGUACCAGAGACCACAUACACAGCUACCCUCUUCCUUCUCUACUUUCCCUCCCUCCUUCAUUCUGAUACUGAAUGCCUUCCUCCUCUCCUUUGGUCUCUCCCUCUUCUGCCAUCCCCAGAGAAGGUGCUUGUGUUGGGGGUGAGUCUGUGGACUCUUCCCUCCCCCGUCCCUGUCAUGGAGGUACAGACUGGCACCACUCCUCCCAGUCAGACGAGUCUGGGUCGUAUUCAUUAGGCACCUGCCAGAAGAAAACGGGCUGAAUACCUGGACUUGGUCCAAUAAGAACCGCUUAUUUUCCGAAACCAAACAUUUUGCUACGGUGUGCCCAAAUAAAUACAACCCUGUUGUAGUAAGCCCAUGAUGUAUGAA